AAUAUAGUCUAUGGUAGUAUCCAUAGCAACGUCAAGCCGUCAACAUUAACCGAAACCAAAACAAUUGGAAUUGAAAAAUGUUUCUAUUAGAAUUUAUAUAAAGGGAUAUGUUACACAUAAUAUUUAGCUAUUGACUGUUUAUCAGCAGUUUAAUCUAUUGAAUUAAGACUAAAUAAUUCACAUUUCGCCGCAUUCGACAUGACUUUGUAUAUUGAUACUAAACUAAGCUUUACUGAUGGUAAUGUUGUAUCGACUGUUGGGACAUGGCACCCUUCUUUACCUCUUCUAGCUGUAGGCUCGUAUAAUCAAGAAAAAGGUGGAUUUGUCACUAUAUUUCAAGAAAACGGGUUUCCAUUAGAAGGGUGUGAUUGGCCUAUAUUGUUGUCAAAUCAAGUGACUGCUCUCGCAUGGCACCCUAUAAGAAGGCUCCUUGUGGUUGGCUGGGAUGGUGGUGAACUGUAUAUUUGGUUGGAAUACUCUUGGGCUCGAUUAGAGGCACCCCACAAUGCUGCAUUAACAACAGUAGCCUUUAGCCUGGGAGGAGGCAGGCUUUUAGCUUCAGAUGCUGCAGGUUCACUGUCUGGCUGGCAGUCUAGUACAGGAGCUCCACUUACUUCAUUUCAUCACCAACUUGGAGAUGUUAUUACCCAUAUAACAUUCUGUACUCCUCUACCUAGCUCAGAAACAUCUAUCAGAGGACUAGCCCGUGCAGCGGUUGCUGGAGAUGAGAAUGCCUUAGAUGCUCUAGCUGCUUGGCGGCCCAGAACAACUGCACGAAUGAGGGAAGGUGCCCAACCAGACAACCAUUCCUGCUAUGCAGCUCAAGAUAAUGGAGUCAUACUGUACAUAGACCACAAUGGUGCUUGUUCUGAGGUACUAAAUGCUCCUGGUAACAUCAUAUUUAUGGGAAUAAUAAGCAAUAUCUACCUUUUAGUUGCUUGGGAGUCUGGAGGAGCUCUUAGUUUAACUAGAUUUAUAAUGUCCGAUGAUGGCUCUUUAAUGACUGACACUCACGUCAGAAUGGCUGCAAGAAAUGGCCAGUGCAUAGUACUUGCAGGAAACUUUUAUGUGGCAGUUAUAACAGGAGAUAAUUUGAUAAGGGUUUGGGACAGUGACACAGGUGAUAAUGAUGUGUUACCAAAUGAGAAGGAAGAAAUUGUUGCAGGUGAUAUAUUCACAAGUAUUAGUUACAGCAAUUUGAGUGAUACUCUCUGCUGUGGAACUUCUCAAGGUAAUCUGUAUCUUUGGAGAAGAGACCAUAGGAAUAAUUGGAAACUUAUUAGUAGCACUUCAGUCAAAGGGACAGUCAAGGAAGUUAGCUGGGGAUCCGAGGGUCUGAUGAACCCACUGCUGCAUGUAAACUGCAUAACAAGUGCAUUUGUUCUCCGUGAACAGCCAGUCUGUUGGGGAUAUUCGCCAAAUAUAUACAUGGUUCAAAAGUCUGCAAAUGAAGUUGCUCUCACAAACAAAAGCAAUGUAACAUCCAUGAUUAAUACUUCAAUCACCAUCAGAGCCUUUGCAUUUAAAGACCAAUAUAUAGCUUUGGGUGAUGGUAAAGAAGUUCAGAUUUGGAUGUGCAGCAAAGACAAUGAUGUGAAAUUUUCUCUAAUACGAACUUUCUCAUGGAAGACUGAUAUUUUGAUAAUUUAUAAUGAUGUUUUAGUGGGUGUAGUAAAUCCUCAUAUAGAGUGCUACUCCAUAUCUGGUACCAGCCUCGGAAUAUUGCCAAGCACUGAAGGCGAAGGUGAACCUAUCGGCGUCACAAAUACUAGCAAAUUCAUUGUUAUAGCAACAAUGGAUGGCACACUCAAACUAGCUGAAAUCACAAAGAAAGGCCUGAGAAUGCCAUAUCCUCCAAAGAAUUGUUAUCAAAUGAUUGAAGAUUUUGGUGAAGUCAUGAGAGCAUCAGUAAAUUGUACUGGACGCUACAUCUCGCUUAGUGUCGCUAAUUCUGGCUUAGCACCCGAUCCAAGGCUGUAUCUAUGGGAUGUAGCAAACGACGUCAUCACACAUACGCUCAUCUCUGAGAACGCAACCCCUCCAUAUCAAAGUGUUCCUAUAGCUAUAAUAUGGGACUGUAAUGAUCCUAGAAUUGUAGCAGUACACAUGAGAUCAGCAGAUCUGGAUCGAGUACAUCUGUUCCUCUGCCAUGAGGGAAGCUUAUAUGAAUAUAAAAAUUGGUGUUCAAGUUCUGAGGAUUAUUACAUGACUGACUUUAUGUUGUGUUCUCUACAUACGCCUUACAUUGUUAUUUUAGCACAGCAAAAUAUCAAAAUGAUAUUAAUACACGAAUUUGAGGACAUCGCCGACCAUGACGCUGCUAAUGUUAGACAAGUAUUGGACUUUCUUUACUACAUGACUACUGGGUACUUGGAAAAGGCAGUAGUUGUAGGAACAACUCUAGCUGGUGGGAAAAACUCUGUUAUCUGGGACAGUUUAGCAAAAGUUUGCGUCGCCCGAAAGCGACCUGAUGUUGGCGCAGUAUGUUUAGGGAAGAUGGGCAACAUAAAAGGCGCUUUGAUGAUGCGGAAAGUAAUGAGCGACAAUAAUAUGGACGACACUUGCAAGGUCGCUGUAUUAGCUGUCAACUUGGGUAUGGUUGAAGAAGCUGAAAACUUGUUCCGCGAGGCACAGAGACCGGAUUUGAUCACACGCUUGAUAUCAGCAAAGGAGGGUGGUCUCAAUGAAAUUACUAAUGGGAGUCAUGAAGGAGAAAACAUUCUGCUUAUAAAGAGCGCGCAGCAUAAGCUGGCCAAAGUUUUAUGGUCGAAUGGAGAGACAGGUGCUGCCUUGAAACUGUUUGAAAGUGCUGGUACGCUAGUGCCUCACGUACCCAGAAUGCUCGUGGCACAAGGGCAGUCCCCCGUAUUGGCGCAAUAUGUGUCUAAUUCAAGUGACCCCAGUCUAAUAACAUGGUGGGGGCAUUACUUAGAAAGUAUUGGGGAUUUAGAUGGAGCCUUGGAAGCAUAUGCAAGGGCUAAUGAUUUUGGCGAACAAACGAGACUGUUGUGUCAUAUGGAUAGAACAGAUGAGGCCGAAAAGCUUUGUCAAAAGAAUCGAUCGUCGUUGUAUCAAAUGGCGCGUUAUUUGGAAAUGCAGCCGGAUAAGACGGAAACUGCAGUGAAGAUGUACAUAAAAUGUGGCGCGGUAUCGUCAGCGAUUCGCGUGGCCGCCGAAGCGAGCGCAUGGCACUUGGUGUGGCGCGCCGGCUCCGCGUCUGCCACUCACGCAUUACAUGCCGCCUCUAUACUCGAGAACGCUGGACAGACCGAACAAGCCAUAGCUCUCUACCAGAAAGCAGGUAAGGUCCACAUGGCACUAAAACUGGCAGUAAGCAGUGGAGACACGAACGCAAUGAUAGCGGCCGUAGAAGCUCUCGGGGACAAAGUAGACCCGGAGUUGGCAAAUACCUUGGCAGCACAUCUGAGGCAGGCUAACCAGCACUCACAUGCUGCGGCGUUGUUGGCUACGGCUGGAAAGUACGAAGAAGCUCUAGAGAUAGUGGAGCAAAUACCCACACCGUUAACUGAAGAACUAAGCGAGCGGCUAGCGGCACCCGCUGGUACAACUGGCAGGGAUGCUCUUCUUAGAAGACUGGCUGACGUGCUAGGCGCCCGCGGGUUGUACCACCAGGCUGCUAAAAGAUUGGCCCAUGCGGGAGACAAGGCCGGUGCAAUGCGGUGGCUAAUGCGUUCAGGCGACGCUGACCGCAUAGCAACGUUCGCGGCCGCAACCCGCGACCGCAACGCUCAGCUGAUGGCCGCGGACUAUCUGCGCAGACGCGCGGACUGGCGGACCCGGCCCGACCUCAUGAGACAUAUACUGCACUUCUAUACCAGGGCCAAGGCUUACGGGAAACUGGCUGGUUUUUAUGCAGAGUGCGCCAAAGUUGAAGUUGAUGAGUAUGAAAAUUACGACAAAGCACUGGAAGCGCUCAAAGAAGCAGUUAGGUGUUUGGCGAAAUCUUCUGACACUGAUACAGGUGCUCAAACAACAGCUCUUCAAGAGCAAAGUGCGAUCGUCAAACGUUUUGUGGACGUUAAAAAAAUGUUGGACACAGGAGAAAUAAACCCUGGUGUAGUCGCGGGGCAACAGUUGCUCCGUGCCGUGAGUGGUCGCCCUGGACUGAUUUCAGAAGAGAAAGUACUACGAUUACUCCUGCAAUAUGCACCGAAUCACGCUGAGGCUCCUCGUUUCGAAAGCCAACUACAAGCUCUGCAACAACAACCAGAAGAACAAAGCUUGAGCCCCGACUCGACAGAUCAUAGUAUCGAAGAAGUUGUGUAGACGUCACAUACGUCAUGUGAAAUGACUCCGUCCAUUCCUUAACAUUCGUCCAUAUUUAUUAUAGACUAGCUGUUGCCCGCGACUUCGUCUGCGUGGGCAAUAUACAAUUUUCGUUUAUUUAAUCGUUUAUUGCUCAACCCCCGUAGGUGAUAGCGUGAUAAUAUAUACCUAGCCUAUGUGUUGAACCGGCCCCCAGGUAAUAGUCAUGAAAAAUUUGAUUUAAAUCCAUGCAGUACUUUUUGAGUUUAUCCGGGACAAACAUACAGACAAACAGACAUACAGACAAAAAUUCUAAAAACUACAUAUUUGGGCUCAGAAUCGAUUAUGGAUCACCCCCCAAGUAAUCUUUAAAAAAAAUAUUCAAUGUACAGUUUGACUUUCCUAUCAUUUUAUUAUAUGUAUAGAUAGUUCAACUCAAUUUUGCGCGCGGCCUUAUGUGUGGGUAAAGCUUGUACAUAUACAGUAACUUUGUGUGCGUGACAAUAGUACAGUCGGGUACAAAUACAGUUAUUUAGGGGUUGUAUACGGGUGUUUAAAGAAAAACAGGUAUUAUGUAAUAAUAUAUAUUAUAAAUAGUGAAUCCGAACAUUCGUCAUUUCAUUUUUCAAGUAGCGAUUCAAAAGAAAGAACAAAAGAAAGAAGAAGAAGAAUACUAUAGACAUUCUGACACGAAGUCAGAAUUCAUUAUUAACCUUGGUGAGAGUAGCGAAUCUGAAAAUUCAUCAAUUUUUUUUUCAAGUAGCGAUUCAGAAUAAUGCGAACCGAAUAGCGACCAGAAUGUGACGGAAAUAAUGAAACUCAUAAAUGAACGUUUAAGUCAAAUUGAUGAAGGGAUGUGGGCAAAUUGAUAUUAAUUAUUAAAUUGAUGAAGAAUAAUAAUUUAUUUAUAAUUAUUCUGAAUCGCUACUUGAAAAAUCAAAUGAUGAAUUUUCGGAUUCGCUUCUCUCACCAAGGUUAAUAAUGAAUUCUGAUUCCAUGUCAAAAUGAUUAUAGUAUUCUUCUUCUUUCUUCUGUACAUGUCGACAAGUAUUAGACCACACCCCUUCAUCAAUUUGACUUAAACUUUCAUUUAUGAAUUUCAUUAUUUCUGUCACAUUCUGGUCGACAUUAUGCGAAGCAAUAUAAUUAUUUAAAAUUCCCCACACAUCUUCUAUAGGGUUUAAUUCAGGAUGAUAUGGUGGCAAUCGAAUAACUUUUAUGCCAUAUGGCUGAAGUAUGUCGUCAAUCUUGUAAGAGAUAUAUUUUUCUUUAUUUUUUUUGAUCAAAUCAUACAGUUCAAUUUUUUUCAUAUCUUGCUCAAAAGCUAUAUUUUUUUCUGUCAGCCAUCUCUGCAUUUCUAUUUUUUUAGAAUUAGAAUUUGGGGCUCUGUCAUUUUGAACAUUAUGGUAUGAGGCAUUACCAAGCACAACCACAGAGUCAGGUGGAAGAUUCGGUACUAGACGUUCUUUAAGCCACUUUUCGUAGUUUUCUGCGUUGAUGUCAGAGUGGUAAUCACCAGUAACACUAUUUGCUUUGUAAGUCAAUAGUGCGUUAGGUACGAAACCGCGAUCUGAACCAGCAUGCACAAUGAUAAUUCUCUGUCCUUUCGACGGGUUUCUCUUUAAAGGUGGUCCAUCUUUGUUACCCCAUCCUUUGUUUUUCACAUGAUUAGUUAAGAUAUAGCUCUCACCUGUAUAUACGAUACACCGAUUUUCUUCACGGUAUUUGAGUAAUUUUUUUAGGUAGGAAAAUCGUAGUUUUUGGAUGUCAUGCCUCUCUAUAAUAACACGUCUGUUAUCCACAGUUUUUCGACAUUUGUAUCCCAACUUUAACAAAGCUGUCCGCAGAGUCAAAAUACCUCCAUCAUAGUUAAGUUUAUCUUGAAAUAUUCUUUUCAACUUUGGCAAGGUAGGUAACUCGCGAUGUUCUGAAUGGUAAUUUUGAAUAGUGGAACGUAUAACAUCAACGUUAAAGUUGUCUAAUUCUAACUUAUUUAAACGUUUUUUACGAUCUUUAUGCGGAGAUUUAAAGUCAGAUUCUUUUCCUUCAGCCAAUAUAGUAGUAAUUGUUCUCUCUGAUACCCCCACUGCCAUUGCUGUUCUUUUCCGUACGAUAUUUAAAUGAUCACUUAAUUUUGAUAUUAAAAGUGGACUUGCACUGUAUACUGAAUCACAUACUAGUUCUAAUAUAUCUCUCGCGUCUUUUUUCAGAAAUUCGUAUACCUUAGCGAUGGUUUCUCGAGUCUAAAACAAUAAUACGUAAACGUUAACUUUUUUCAUAUUUUAUAUAGAAUCAUUGUAGAAGUGUGCUCUGUUGGAUAUUCGAGUCUCCUGUUUAACGAGUGCAGACGGUGCAGCAGCAGCUUUCUGCCGCACCUGCGGGCGCUUCCGCGGGAUGCAUAUAGAGCCUCAAGCUCUAAGACCUACCCAAGUUUGGUUGUGUAAUGAGUAUGGCCCUGUUCCCACUACGCCGGACCGGCAGACCUGCCGGAAACCGGACACCGGACAGAGUGUUCACAUUACAUCGGAUCCCGGAAGAAAUUCAGACAGUCAAGUACUUACCUCAGUUGAAUUUGGACCUGCGCGCACAAUGGACGACGAAAUUGUUGUGUUGUGGUGGUAUCUUAAUAGAAGGCAAAAUAAAAGAAAACAUUGGGUACACCCUAUUUUACGGGAAAGAUUUUCACUUGGAACAUUUGAAACAUUAAUGGGUGAACUUAGAAGAGACGAAUCAAAGUUCUUCAAUUAUUUUCGAAUGACAGCAACCACUUUUGACGAUUUACUGGGACGACUAGACAUAAGAGUACGAGAUACAAGUUUCAGAGAAUGUAUUUGCCCAGAACAAAGAUUAGCCAUAUGUCUAAGAUAUUUAGCUUCAGGAUGUUCAUUCAAAGAAAUACAUUACUCAUACAGAGUAGGCGUUUCGACAAUAAGUAAACUAAUAAAAGAAAUGACCCACGUCAUUUGGGAAAACCUAAAGACAGAUUUCCUUAAGCUGCCUGAUACUGAGAGAGAAUGGGAGGACAUCGUUUCAGGAUUCGAAAGAAAAGCCAACUUUCCUCACUGUCUUGGAGCAGUAGAUGGCAAACAUAUCAGAAUUUUGAAACCAGCCAAGAGUGGUUCUAUGUUCUUUAAUUACAAGGAGUAUUAUUCUUUUGUAUUAAUGGCAGUUGUCGAUUCAGAGUACCGAUUUAUUUUUAUUAGUGUGGGCUCAUAUGGCAAGGAAUGCGAUUCUACUAUAUUAAAGGAUAGUACAUUUUGGCAAAAGAUCAAUGAUGGUACUUUAAAUGUACCAAAGCCUAGACCGCUUCAUGAAAACUUGCACGAAGAAUUACCGUUUAUACUUAUUGGCGAUGAAGGCUUUGCUUUAACACCUAAUCUCCUACGUCCAUAUGGAGGUACACAUUUGAAUACUGAUAAAAAGAUUUUAACUAUAGACUAAGUCGAGCAAGAAGGUAUGUUGAGUGCGCUUUUGGUAUUCUGGCAAAUAAGUGGCGAAUAAUCCAUCGAGCUAUAGAUCUGAACGUAGACACAGCAAUUCAAGUAAUUAAAGCUUGUACAGUCUUACAUAAUUUUGUAAGAGAAAAAGAUGGUAUAAAUUUUGAAAGUUACCAAAAUAUAGAACAUAGACAAGAACAAGAAACGACACCCAUGAAUCGGAAUGUGUCAAGUCGAGGUGGCCCUAAUGCCAACGCUAUACGGACAUCAUUUACUAAUUAUUUUGUUUCGGAUAUUGGUUCCGUUCCGUGGCAGGCAGCAGCUAUAAAAUAAAAUUUAUCAAUGCAUUUACAUUUUAUCAAUAAAACAUUAAAAACUCA